AUGACAUCUCACAUCAACCCAAAUCCCAGCUCCAGUUCACCCAAACGCAAAAUAGCUCAAAGCUCUUCUGAUCGCCUCUCUAAGAUACCAAAGCUUAAAGUACCAGGCAAUACCCCUACUGAUCCUUCUCAACCGAACCAUUCCCGCUCCAGAAAUUUGCCGAAAUCCAUUUCCACCGAUAAUAGACAUCAUCGUCAUCAUCACGAACAUCAUCCGCACCAUGGAUUCAUUCAUCCACCUCACGAUUCCACUUUAUUUUCCCCCACAAAUACGAGCUCUGCUCUUCCAAACUCAACUCUAAGCGAAGGUGUAAUUCCACCUUUCACAUCCCCCACUGUUCCUCUCUCACAAAGCCAGCCAUUCUCCGAUCAGGACACACCGACCGGGACUGAAGACGCCGCGGGACUGGGCGCCCCACCAAACCUGGCAAAUGAUUUGGAAGAGGCAUUGAUGGAAGAAGUUGAGAAAAAUCCAGGACUGGCACAAGGGCUUAGAAUUGAGGAUCUCGCUUCUCAGGGUAAUGGGGGAAGUAAUUUAACACCGGAAGAAGUGGCUUUUGAUAUCGACGUUGAUAUCAAUCAAGAUAAAGACGAGAUCACAUGGGAGACCGAUGAGGAAGAUGAUGAAGAAGAAACUUCAACAGAUGAAAAGGACAAAGAAUUUGUAGAAUCGUCUGUUUUCCCCACAUCCGAUUCUCACCAUUCAUCUGAUUCAGGAUAUAAUGAAACGACGGCGCCUCUAGUUUCGGAUAUAAAUAUGGAUACAGGACUAGAGUACGAUGAGGGGUAUGUAGAGGGCGCAGACGACAACAAUUUUGUUGAUGCCUCUGACGAAAUUGACUGGAACAAUAUGUCGAAUGAUAUUGAUGCUGACCCCUACGCUCGGAGUGCAUCAAAACUACUAGGCGAACGUGAUGUACAAAUGAAUUCUGAUGGUGUGUACGGGGAUUGGGAUGGCGUGAUAGCUUCAGAGCCUGGGGGAGAUGAGGCUGUGGACGGAUACGAAAGAACUGGACAUAGGGCACAAAACAGUUGUGAGGGCGACGUCUGGUGGUUAGAUGAAGGUUGA